AUAAAGCGAUUAAAACAGCGCGAGUGUAAAGUAAUUAAUAUUUGUCUAUAAUUUCAGUACGCAUUCGUAAAAGCUCGCGUUGAUUCGUCACCGCCUCGGUACAACGCCGUGGCGAAACUACGCAACUUGCAGAAUUGGCGCCGACGACUGGACAGGCUGCGAUUGGAAAAUUUGUAUCUCAUGAUGUUGAUUAAGAAAACUUAUUUUAUGGGGGGCCGAGUGGACAGCCACUGGGACUAUGAACCACUUCGUCCGAUGCAGUACUAUCAACACAGAGUCGAUUUCUUAAAGAGGACAAGAAGGGAAAAUUUGAUCCUCUAUGAAAGGAUUUUGACCUCGGAUGCAAGAGUAGAAACGACAGCAGAAUUGAACCGCGCGUGGGCGAGGAACAGACGCAAGAUAGUGGAGCAGGCGCUGGGUACCUUCGUGCUGUUCCCACCGAUCCCAUGUGAGGAGAUCGAGGACCUUGCCUUUGUGGCACCUCCCAAUGUUAAGAGACCCAGAGUAUACAUAAAGUUGGGCAUAAAAGAGGGCGCUGUUAUCGGGGAACUAUGCCUGGAGCUCUUCACUGACACGUGUCCUAGGACAUGUCAUCUCUUCCUGGAACUGCUCGAUGGAGACACGCUCGGGCAUGGGUAUAUCAACACCUGCUUCUACAGAAAAGUCCCCAAGCUGUACUGGAGUGGCGGCGAUGUGAUAUACAACAACGGUUUCGGCUGCUACGCGCAGCGUGGCCGCGUCAUACCCAUCGGCGCUGAGAACUAUCACUUUCCACAUUCUAUGGCUGGUCUACUGUCCAUGCGAGUGACGAUGGACGACGAAAUGUGUGGCAUAUUCAACAUCACCUUCAAACCGCUGCCGCAGCUUGAUCUACGGAACGUGGUCUUUGGGAGGGUGGUCCGUCCAAGCACUACUUACACCACAAUGAGUCAGAUGGGCAACGCAUUGAGCUCCCGACCAAUCAUUGAGCUUCUAUCAUCGCGGCGCAAGGAGGCAGGGCGGUGGAUCUUCGGCCAGCCAAACACGCGCCUCGCUAGCAGAUCAUCAAGUUUCUUGCGGAAAUUGCUCUUAUCCUAGCUUUGUUUUUAAAUUAAUUUUAUUUGUGUCGAUGUUAUG